AUGAAGAGGUUCCUGAGAUUCAACUCGACGUUGGGCUCUCUUGAUGUGGCGUCGCUAAGAACAAAAAUAGCGGCGGCCACGAUAAAGCCCAGUGAGGCCCUGCGGGCGUGCGCGAAGCUGGAAAACGAUCACAUUGCUAGCAGCACCGCCGAGGCCCUGGGCCAAUCUGAAAAGUCAGUGGAAGAAGCCCGCAAUGUACUCCAAGAGGCUCUUGAUAAAUUCAAAAUCGACGAACCUACUCUCAAAGCAUUUUUCGUUGCACAGCCACCGCCCAGUGCGACCGCCAGCAUCCUGGCUCUCCAGGCAUACAAUAAACAGAACCCCCAAACUGCAUUAUCCGAGACUGUAUCCAUGAUUCCGUUUCGAAGAGCGACAUACUUUUGCGACUUUGACGUGGCAUUUCGCAUUCUCGAUCUCACAAGUGGGCGCAAGAGCCCGCACCAGGCCGUAGCCGGCCGGAGAAUAUACAAAAUCGUGGCUCUUUGGGCAGCCGGUAUGGGUGCAGCACUAUUUGGGCUGGACAAGCUUUUAGCCAGCGGGCUGGUUGGUGACUGGACCGAGAAUCGUGGAAUGGUUCUGUCUAUGGCCGCUACAUAUUUGUUGGCGGUGUCUGUGUAUGGCACACUGGCCCGUCAAAACUCCAAAUCGGGCGUUGGUGAGGUGCUUCGAUGGUCCAAGGGCGUACUUCUUACCCAAAGAUCCCAGCGGGCUCGCGAGCUGAAAAUGGCCUCGCUGAUGGCCGAAAUGAACCGGUCGCUUCCGGAGAACCACGGCGAGUGUGCUGUGAAAAUGCUCCAGGAGCUCCAAGCCCGAGACCUUGAAACAGUGGAAAGCGAAGACGAGCUUUUGAUCAAAGAAUAUUGGGCUAGAGGAGGCGACGGCUUUGAGUGGGUCGAGCCAGACCAGGAUCCGGCGUGGCAGAUUUGGCGAGCCCGGAUGGAAAAAAGCAAGCAGCAGCGGAUCGGGUCGCCGUAUGUGCGCCACGACGCUACGCCUAAACAGCUUGACUGGGCCGAAAGAGUGGCCAAUAACCAGGACGAUCCGAUCACUAUCCCGCACGCAUCCCUAAUUGAUAUCACCAAGCUGUCGGUUGAAGAAAAGUUCGCCAUGCUCGACCAAGAGCUGAAAUCCCUCAAAGAAAACGACCGUCCCGCGGAAAUCGACAAGCCUCGAAAAGAUAAUUAA